GGGAGCGCGCAGGCGCAGCGUGCUGGUAGCAGAGCGCGGAGUAGCGGAGCAGGAUCCGAAGUAAGAGUGGAGGCAGUGCGGGAUUCCUCUUCGGGAGUACGUGGUUGAAGCGUCCCAAGAGAGAUCCGGGGGAUCAUCAUCCAGGACCUACUGAGGCCACAGAAAAAAAAAUGGGUAGGGUUUUUCUCACAGGAGAAAGGGCCAAUUCAGUAUUAAAACGCUACCCAAGAGCUAAUGGACUUUUUGAAGAAAUAAGACAGGGGAAUAUUGAGCGUGAGUGCAAAGAAGAGGUCUGCACAUUUGAAGAAGCCAGAGAAGCUUUUGAAAAUAACGAAAAAACUAAGGAGUUUUGGAGUACCUACACAAAAGCACAACAAGGAGAGACCAACAGAGGAAGUGACUGGUUUCAAUUUUAUCUUACUUUUCCAUUAAUCUUUGGCCUCUUUAUUAUCCUCCUUGUCAUUUUCCUAAUCUGGAGAUGCUUCCUACGAAACAAAACUCGUAGUCAGACAGUGACUGAUGGCCACAUUCCUUUCCCUCAGCAUCUUAAUAUUAUUACUCCGCCUCCCCCACCGGAGGAAGUAUUUGAUAGUAGUGGAUUAUCUCCAGGCUUUCUGGAAUAUGUAGUUGGCCGCUCAGAUUCUGUUUCCACUCGCCUGUCCAACUGUGAUCCCCCACCUACCUAUGAGGAAGCCACUGGCCAGGUGAACCUGCGGAGGAAUGAAACAGAGCCUCAUUUAGACCCACCUCCAGAAUAUGAGGACAUAGUCAACUCCAACUCAGCCAGUGCUAUUGCUCUGGUGCCUGUAGUCACCACUAUCAAAUGAAGAAGCAACAACCUACUUUUAACUCUCAUCAUUUUAAAAAUACUAAUGAAAGUACUUUCUAGCACUUUACCAAUACAUAAAUGUGCAUUGACUUAUUUUAUUAGACUCAUAGCAUACCACUUUACAUUUACUGGUUUGAUUUUCAUGAGGUUUUUUUCCUAUUAUAAAAUUAUUUUCCAUGCUCAUUUUGCUAGAAGAAAUAUUUGAAGAAAGAAAGACAUGCCAGUGGAAGUAUUCAUGUAAUAUAAAUAUAUGUGUGUGUAUAUUGUGUAUGUAUAUGCAUAUAGACAUGUGUAUUAUAUAGCAUGUGUCUAACUCUGAAAACUAAGUAAAUUCUAUGAAAUUAACCAUAAAGACAACAUUACAAAACUGAAGAAGAGGGAGUACCAACAAUUUAGAUAAGAGUCAGCCAUGUGCUAUAGAAUUUUCUAGAAAGGAUAUACUUACCAUGCAAAUUAUAACAGAUACUUUUUAUAUUUUCUUCCAUAAAUGGAAAAAUGUAUAAAAUCAUUCUUGGCUUUAGGAACAUGAAGAGAGAGGGAGGCAGAGAGAUCAUGUACAUUCAGUGAGCAAUAAGUUGAUUACAGUGGAUGACAAUGAAAUCAUUAGUCAUUAUGAGCAUUUAGGUCAUUUUGAGCUAGAAUUUUUCUUCUUGACUGACUACCAAUCCUGCUAACAAUAAACAGUCUAAUUGCCAUG